CAGUCGCCGCUGGAAGGUGGAUUCUCGCCGACCACGUCAUUUCUGCCUCAUUCCACUAUCGCCUGACGUGAGCGUUAGCUGCCGUGCGCCUCGCAUCGUAGCUCACGAGAGCAAGGUCGCGUGUCCGAACCACUGUCUGUAGCCAUGGCAAGAGGUUCCGUGUCCAGUUUGGGAAGACUCAGACUGCUUCUAGCUUCCGCUAGACCGUCCGAUCAAGUCCAGCGAUUCUCGACCGUCCAUCCGAGCGCUUCGCAUCUCGCAUCCGCCCACGCCGUUUCGCCAGCAGCCUCCACCUCUGCAGAUCUACCUCCCCCACAUGUACCUCGCGAUCCGCCUUCCACCCGCGCUCCAUAUUCCCCUGUCACUCCGCCACUUGAAACCGUCAGGACCAGAUUCGUCAGUAUCGAACCCAUUAGUACAGGAUCCGUUAACACCAGAUCCGUUACUACCAACACUGCAUUCGCUGGUACACUUGCCGGACACGCACUUUCUAUCGCUCCCAGAUCCGCGAUCGCCAUUUCGUCUCUGGUGACGUCAUCCCCGUCAUCGUCGCUAACGUCACCGUCGCUCGCGUCGUCGCCAUCGUCGCUCUCGUCGCUUUCGUCGCCAUUGUCGCCGUCAGGGUCCAGCCGCGGCUGGCUGCUGGCUGCCGGCGCGUCGUUCUCAUUGGUCGCCGCGUUUUCCGGGACGGCAACUGCAGUGGCGAAGGAGCGGCCCGAGGUGCCUCUGGGUCGCGACGCGGAGGUGGUGCUCUACCAAUACGAAGCGUGCCCCUUCUGCAAUAAGGUCAAAGCCUUCCUGGACUACUACGACCUCCCCUACCGCGUGCCUUCCUGGACUACUACGACCUCCCCUACCGCGUGGUGGAGGUGAACCCGGUGGGCAAGAAGGAGCUCAAGUGGUCGGAGUACAAGAAGGUCCCCGUGCUCAUGGUCAAUGGCGAGCCGCUCGUCGACUCAUCAGCGAUUAUAUCCGAGCUGCACCGGCGUCUGAACCCCUCCAAGGCCACCAACAUCCCUCCUGCCGCCCCUGCCCCUGCGGCUGCGGCGCCUGCCGCCCCUGGGGCCUAUGCCAGCAGCAUCGGCAGCACCACUAACAGCAGCAGCAGCAGCAGCACGAGUGGAAGCAGUGGCAGUGGGGGCAGCAGCAGCGGCGGCAUGGCGGCAAGUGUGGGGCAUGUGGGGGAGAGGGGCGUGGCGGAGGGGCAGGCGGAGGGGGAGCUGGACGAGGAGACCAGAUGGCGCAGGUGGGUGGACGGCCACUUGGUGCAUCUGUUAUCGCCCAAUAUCUACCGCUCGCCCUCGGAGGCUCUGGAAGCGUUUGACUACAUUGCGACCAACGGCAACUUCACGGCGUGGGAGCGCACUAUGGCACGGUACUUUGGCGCGGGUGCCAUGUAUGUGAUCGGCAAGAAGCUGAAGAAGAAGCACGGCAUUGCGGACGAGCGCAAGGACCUUUAUAAGGCGGCUGACGAGUGGGUGGCGGCUCUUGGAGAGAGGAAGUUCCUGGGAGGAGACACCCCGAACCUUGCUGACCUGGCGGUGUUUGGCGUGCUGCGGCCAAUCAGGCACCUGACAGCUGGCAGGGACAUGGUGGCAAACUCGACCAUAGGGCCGUGGUACGAGCGCAUGGAGGAAGCGGUGGGGGCCUCGGCUAGAAUCACUGAGGCCGAUGGUGCUACUUCUGCUGGUGCUGCGGGCGAUGGUGCUGCUGGGAAGUAGGAUGUGAAGGCAGUGUGGCACGAGCACAUGGAGGAAGCAGUGGGAGCCUCAGCCAGAAUCAGCGGCGAUACUGCUGCCGCUGCUGCUGCUGGCGGUGGUGGUGCUGGGGAGAAGUAAGGCGGCGCCUCAAAACAGGGCUCGAAACGAGACAUGCUGGCGAACUUGGCCACAGGGCUGUGGCACCAACGAGCGCAUGGGAGAAUUCUAGCACAGGAGGCUGUGGUACGACGACCAGAUUUAGGGUGGGGGCUUUGACUAGGAUGGUAGUAGGUCUCAGAAAGAUCAGCCGCUAACCACUGUGCUGAAGGGGCUUGUUAAAGCGAACGUAUGCACUA